AUGAAUCGUUGGCGAAUCGGACAUCACUAGAGGAGGGCAGAGAGAGAAAAAUCACAGCCACCAUCACAACAUGAUCAUCACCCCACAGCCCAAACACACUGGUUCAAAAAACAACAGUCUCGAGAAUUUCGGACCGAAUCUGUGAAGUGGUCCCGCCGUCGGUCUGAAAAGGGACCGUGUUUAUCUCUGUUUUUAAGCCGUCAGGGAGUGGAUCUGUCUCGGACGCCAUCUUUAGCAGCAGUAGCCCGGGAGAGUGAAGAGCUGCUGGGCCACCGUUAACCAGCACCCGGGCUGGAGGAGUUUCUUCAGCGAACUCUCAUGCUUGACAGCGAUCGAUACGUUUUGGGGGACUGAUUUGGGGUCGGUAGGCGUGUUUCUGUCUCUUGGGUUUGUUGUUGUUGCGGUCGGAGGAGUUUUCUCGGGCUGGCUGCUCAUCCUGGCCUGUUGGGAGGGUUUUGGUCCAUAUGAGGCCACUGUCUUGCAGAUGAGCCAUCAGUGGGGGCUGUCGUGUCGCAGACCCAGAUAGUGACUGGCGGCUGCGGCCCCGCCCCCUCCCAGCAUGCCCAACGCUGUUCGCGCGGGGAGUCUGAAAGACCCCGAGAUCUCAGAUCUCUUUUUUAAAGAAGACCCCGAAAAACUAUUCUCAGACCUGAGGGAGAUCGGUCAUGGCAGCUUCGGUGCUGUAUACUUUGCACGGGAUGUGCGGACCUCAGAGGUGGUGGCCAUCAAGAAAAUGUCAUAUAGUGGAAAACAGUCUAAUGAGAAAUGGCAAGAUAUAAUAAAGGAGGUGAAAUUCCUUCAGAGGAUAAAGCAUCCAAACAGCAUAGAAUAUAAAGGAUGCUACCUGCGAGAGCACACAGCAUGGCUGGCUAUGGAGUACUGUCUGGGGUCCGCCUCAGAUCUUCUCGAGGUACACAAAAAACCUUUACAAGAGAUGGAGAUAGCAGCGAUUACUCAUGGUGCUUUGCAGGGGUUGGCGUACCUCCACUCUCACAACAUGAUUCACAGGGAUAUCAAGGCUGGGAACAUCCUGCUCACAGAGCCUGGACAGGUGAAGCUGGCAGAUUUCGGUUCUGCUUCUAUCGCUUCUCCUGCUAAUUCAUUUGUAGGGACUCCUUAUUGGAUGGCCCCAGAGGUGAUUCUGGCCAUGGAUGAGGGUCAGUAUGAUGGAAAGGUUGACAUCUGGUCUCUAGGAAUAACCUGUAUUGAAUUAGCUGAAAGGAAACCUCCGCUCUUCAACAUGAAUGCAAUGAGUGCCUUAUACCAUAUCGCGCAGAAUGAGAGUCCAUCCCUACAGUCCAGUGAAUGGACGGAUUACUUCAGAAACUUUGUGGACUCCUGCUUACAGAAGUUGCCCCAGGACAGACCCAACUCUGAAGAACUGCUGAAACAUGCAUUUGUCCAGCGCGAGCGGCCAGAGUCGGUGCUUAUGGACCUGAUCCAGCGCACCAAAGAUGCUGUGAGAGAGCUGGACAACCUGCAGUACCGCAAGAUGAAAAAGAUCCUCUUCCAGGAGGCCCACAAUGGCCCUGCGGCAGAGGUCCCAGACGACGAGGAGGAAGUGGAGCACAGUGCUGGCCGCACGGGCACAGUGAACAGUGUGGGCAGUAACCAGUCCAUCCCUAGCAUGUCCAUCAGUGCGAGUUCACAGAGCAGCUCGGUUAACAGCCUGCCUGACGCCACAGACGCCACCGAUGACAACAAGAGCGAGGUGGACCUGAUGGAAAAAGACCAAACCAUCAUACCCAACAGCUCCAUGAUCCACGUCAAACCGGAGGAAGAAAGCUACCAGGAAGAAACCGAGGCUCAGAAACAGCCCACGGAGCCCCAGUCUCCCCCAGCACAGACACCACGACGUCAGUACCGGAAUCGAGAGCACUUUGCCACCAUCCGCACAGCCUCCCUGGUGACGCGUCAGAUUCAAGAACACGAGCAGGACUCCGAGGUGCGCGAGCAGAUGUCUGGCUACAAACGUAUGCGCAGGCAGCACCAGAAACACCUCCUGGCCCUCGAGAACAAGCUGAAGGGUGAGAUGGACGAGCACAGACUCAAGUUAGACAAAGAACUGGAGAAUCAGAGGAACAGCUUUGCUGCCGAGAUGGACAAACUCAUCAAGAAGCACCAAGGCACCAUGGAGAAAGAUGCCAAGACUUUUACCAACGAUGAAAAGAAAUUUAUGCAGCAUAUUCAGAGCCAGCAGAAGAAGGAGCUCAACAGCUUCCUGGAGUCUCAGAAACGCGAGUACAAACUGCGCAAGGAACAGCUCAAAGAGGAGCUGAAUGAGAACCAGUCCACACCAAAGAAGGAGAAGCAGGAGUGGCUGUCCAAGAAGAAGGAGAACUUCCAGCACUUCCAGGCAGAGGAGGAGGCCAACCUACUCCGCCGACAGCGGCAAUAUCUAGAGCUCGAGUGCCGCAGGUUCAAACGGCGCAUUCUCAUUGCACGUCACAACGUGGAGCAAGAUCUCAUGAGAGAGGAGUUGAACAAGCGUCAGACGCAGAAGGAUCUGGAGCACGCCAUGCUGCUCCGACACCAUGAGUCCAUGCAGGAGCUGGAGUUCAGGCACCUGAGCACUAUCCAGAAGAUGCGUGCGGAGCAGAUCCGCCUGCAGCACCAAACCGAGCUCACCAACCAGCUGGAGUACAACAAGCGCAGGGAGAGGGAGCUCAGACGCAAACACGUCAUGGAGGUCCGACAGCAGCCUAAGAGCCUCAAGUCCAAAGAGCUCCAGAUCAAGAAACAGUUUCAGGAUACAUGUAAGAUCCAGACCCGGCAGUACAAAGCCCUGCGAAACCACCUGCUGGAGAGCACGCCAAAACCCGAACACAAGACCAUGCUGAAGAGACUGAAGGAGGAGCAAACCAGGAAACUAGCCAUCCUCGCCGAGCAGUACGACCACACCAUCAACAACAUGCUCUCCACACAGGCUUUGCGCCUGGACGAGGCGCAGGAGGCGGAGUGUCAGGUGCUGAGGAUGCAGCUGCAGCAAGAGUUGGAGCUAUUGAAUGCGUAUCAGAGUAAGAUCAAGAUGCAGACGGACGCCCAGCAGGAGCGAGAGAGGAAGGAGCUGGAGCAGAGAGUGUCUCUCCGGAGGGCCCUGCUGGAGACUAAGAUCGAAGAGGAGAUGUUUACCUUGCAGAACGAGCGCACGGAGCGUAUCCGUAGCCUGCUGGAGCGCCAGGCCCGAGAGAUUGAGGCUUUCGACUCAGAAAGCAUGCGCUUAGGCUUUAGCAACAUGGUGUUGGCUAACAUCUCUCCUGAGGGCCUCAGCCACAGCUUUCCUGGGGCCCCGGCCAGUUGGAUCCCCCAUCAGCAUCACUCAGAUGGCUCUCAGGGGACACAGUGGGGCAGCAGCACUGGUUCAGGGCCCAGCCACCACUACCACUCCAGUCAGGGAGGACCACAGGCCCAGCAGGGCUGGGGCCAAGCCAUCCCAGGAGGUGGGCUUCCUCCGUGGGGCCACUCUCCCUCGGGCCCUCCAGGGGCCAUGCCAAAAAGCAGUGUGGGGAUGCGUAACAGCCCCCAGGCGCUUAGGAGGACCACCUCAGCGGGGCGCACUGAGCCGGGCAUGAGUAGGAGCACCAGCAUCACAUCUCAGAUAUCCAACGGUUCACACCUGUCCUUUACAUAGACACCAGUGCGUUUGUGCCAACCCUGCACACACAAACACACACAGGGUAGGGGAACGCACUGGCCCACACUAAAGACUGGCACAGAGAGCAGAGCUAACUGCACUCAUCUACCCUCCUCCCUCUCUUCUCCUUCUCUUUCUCUCUCAUUUCACUUUCCCACAUGCAGAUGUGCAGGUAAACUAUAGUAAAUAUCACUCAGGUCAAUAGCUAUUCUAACUUUGCAUGAAGCUUGUUUGACAGCCAUGCAGAGCUUGAGUCAAAAACACUAGUCUAAUUUAAAGCUCACUUGAUGGGAUUAAUUUCAUGCUUAUAUUAUAAAGAAAUAUAAAUAUAUAAAAUCGAAAAUAAAUAUUUUAUUGGUUUAGCUUUACUCCACUUCAUGUGUGGAUUCAUAAACCAAAAGG